AUAUUACCAUAUUAAGAGAUUCACACAGAAGAUCCGUUGUUUAUUUUACAUUUAAAUUUCUUUUGACAUGAAAUUGAUUAUAAGCCUAUUUGUAAAUGCAUACGGACAUUGACAACUUUCUAUUAACGACAAUCAUUUUAUUCCAAAAUAUGGGAAACCAAUCAUCGAAAAAACAAAUAAAUCCUAAAACCAUUGCAGACCUUCGGAGUCAUAUUGAUGUUGAGUUUUCGAAAGAAGAAAUUCAAGACUGGUACAAGGAUUUCAGACAGUAUCUUCGUCAUGGAGAGACAGAACUCGAUAAAACUGCAUUCAUAAAAGUAUACAACAGUUUGUUUUAUGGUGAUGCCUCUGAAUUCGCAGAGCAAGUUUUUAGAACAUUUGAUCAUGAUGGAAAUAACUCUGUGGAUUUUAAAGAAUUUAUUUUAGGACUUUGCUUAUCUGGAAGUGAAAAUGCAGAGAAAAAAAUAAAAUGGGCUUUCAAUAUGUACGACAUUGAUCAGGACGGCUAUAUAACAAAAGAGGAGAUGACACAUAUUCUAAAGGCUAUAUGUAAAAUGACGGGCAGCAAAAUACCACCCGAAUUUAAAUCUCCAGAGGACAUGACAGAGAAAAUCUUUAAAAUUCUGGACAAUAAUUCAGACAAUCGUAUAAGUCAACAAGAGUUCAUAGAGGGAGCAGAUAAAGUACAGAUUCUAGUGAAUAUUCUACAAUGUAAUCCUGAUUCUUGAAGAAACAUGGAAUGAAUAUGUCUCGGUAUCUUGAAUAAUCUUGAUCUAGAUGAUGUCCUUGCUGACUUGAAUUGAAUGUUAUAAUAGAGGUCUCACAAAUGAAUUAUACAAUAAAGCAUAUCCAUCAUA